AUGGAGAAGCAUGAAGAGACAGCUGCGAGGGGGCACGAUGCGAGGGCCACGGAGAAGGGCGAGCUUGUUCACAUCGAUGUGACUCGCGACAUCACCCGUGUUGAACACGAACUGGGCUUCUGGCAAGCUAUGCGACAGUAUCCCACGGCAACAUUCUGGGCCAUGUUCUUCAGCAUUGCUGUCAUCAUGUCAGGCUACGACGGUCAAAUCAUCUUCUCUUUCUAUGCUCUUCCGGCGUUCCAAACGAGGUACGGAAAUCUGGUCGGCGGCUCCUACGAAAUCCCUGCUCCAUGGCAGACUGCCCUUGGAAUGGGCAACCCCAUCGGCCAAGUCCUGGGCGCACUUGCCAGCGGCUAUCCUAUGGAACGCUUUGGACGUAGAUGGACUCUGGCUGUGUGCUGCGUGUGGUCCAUCGGAUUCGUCUUUGUGCAGUUUUUUGCCACAUCUCUUCCGAUGCUCUGUGCUGGCGAAAUCCUCGGCGGCUUAGCUUACGGGUUCUACGUGGUGAUAGCCCCGACGUACGCGUCCGAAAUAUGCCCCUUGGCCCUCCGAGGCCUACUCACGGCCUUUAUAAAUCUGGCCUUUGUUAUUGGACAGUUCAUAGCCCAAGGAGUUGCUGCUGGCCUUGAGGGUCGGGAGGAUGAAUGGGCAUAUAAGGCGCCCUUUGCACUACAAUGGCUUUGGCCUUUGAUCAUCCUCGUGGGGUUGCCCUUUGCUCCGGAAAGCCCAUACUGGCUUGUCCGCCAAGGGCGAAAAGAUGAUGCCCGCAGCGCCCUGGUAAAACUAUCGUCAUCGAAGAAUGCUCCAAAUAUCGACCAAGUGCUGCUUGGAGUUGAGCAGACUGACUUGUUGGAGCAAGAAUUCGAAGCGACAACCAGUUACUGGGAUCUAUUCAAGGGCGUCAACCGGGUACGGACGGAAAUCACCAUCAUGGUAUAUCUCAUUCAGGUUAUCGCGGGAAACCCGCUCAUCGGCUAUGCAAACUACUUUUUCGAACAAGCUGGCCUAGAUCCUUCAGAUGCAUUCGAUAUGGGCGUUGGUAACACGGCACUGGGAUUCGUCGGAACCAUCACAUCGUGGUUCCUGCUCAAUUAUUUUAAUCUCGGCCGUCGAACAAUCUACACCACGGGCAUGUGGGUGAUGACAUUGCUGCUCUUUAUCAUUGGCUUUCUCAGCAUCCCGGCGCAUAACACCGGCGCAAUCUGGGCAAUGGCUAGCUGCAUGGAUGUAUGGACAUUCAUCUAUCAGAUGACAGUUGGACCUAUCUGCUUCGUCAUUAUAUCCGAGAUAUCCUCUACUCGACUGCGAACAAAGUCUAUUGCUGUUUCUACUGCGGUUCAGUCUUUCUUCAACAUCAUCAGCACAAUCGCAAUGCCCUAUAUGCUGAACAGUGAUCAGGCCAACUGGGGAGGAAAAGCAGGCUUCUUAUUUGGCGGAAUCAGCUUCUUCUGUGCCAUCUGGUGUCACUUCAGAUUACCAGAAAGCCAGGGAAGAACUUUUGAGGAGCUGGAUAUUCUCUUUCAAAGAAAGGUGCCACUAAGGGACUUCAAGACGUAUGAUCUCAUGGUGGAAGCGGGUAUGGAAAAGACAACAACGGCAUGA